UGGGUCCGCCCCGAGGCCGUGACAGCGACUUGGAGAGUUGAGGCAUCGCCACGAUAUCUCCCUUUGCAAUCGAAACAAGUCAGAAGCUCUGGUGAGGGAUACGGAGAGGCACAAUCGGGAAUUCCAGAGACUUCCAUUGGAUGCGGCCAUCCACAACUUCCAACCAGGCGAUUGGGUACGCAUUAAGAAGUGGAAAAAGGAACCACUACAGCCAUCGUGGGGGCCUCCAGAACAGAUCAUCCUGGUUACCGAGAUAGCCGUAAAAACCUUUGGCAGCCACAAGUGGACGCAUGUCUGUUGUGUGAAAAAGACAUCGACUCCAGUAGAAACCAAGGAACCAGAGAAGGGAGUAGCCAAGGACUCCCCACCUGGAGGGGUGAAGGAUCAGACACCCGAAGCAAAGUGGCUCUCGGAGACAGUACCGGGUCUCGGCCUGAAGCUACGUCUACGCAAAACCUGACUGACAUCUUGGAGGAAAAACCAGGAUGGGCAACGGGGAGCGCAUUUUUUGGACUAGCUUUGGCAAUUUGCUUAUUUUUACCUGUUGUUGGCUGUAUCAUUCUAUGAAACCUGGGAGGAGAAUCCGGGGUUAGCGGAAGAUUGUUCUGAAUGCAUUGUUCAGGCAGUUCAAGAUACAAGAAUGAUUUUUACCCUAGUGUAUCAUACACAGCCCCCUGAAGAUUGUAGGCCAGAUGGGACCACAUGUGUUCAUAAUGGAACUAUGUACUCUAUCUGUAAGAAGGGUUCCAUUGUUCAGUGUUAUGACCCCGCUACCCCCACACGACUAAAUGUCACUGUGUGGGCAGGACUUGGAUUUAACAAGGGCCCAGAAGGACCAGAUCUAUAUUUCCUAAAUUAUACCAUUGACCUUUUAAAAGGGACACAGCCUCUCACAAUCAUCUUUAAUGUUUGUGCAGCUAUGGAUAAGGUAGCAUUUAGAUCUUGUGGGUCCCAGAGCUGGAGAAAAGAGUAUGUUCAAAAUCACAAAUACCUGUGUAACAAGAAUGCACCCCAACCGAAGGGACAUCCAUUCCUUUCUCCAUGUAUAACCUGGUCAGAAGGAGGAUGGCGGGGCAUGUGUGAUCAUACUGAUGGGAGAUAUAAAGGAUGCACAUACUUAACUAAGUUCCAAAGAGUACCCCAGACAAACGCUGUCUCCCUAAAUAUAGCUCGUAAUCAUCCACCCUCAAAUAGUUAUGGAAUUGGAAUAGAUGGGGUAGGGGCUGACCCCAUGACAUAUAUAACAAUAAAGGUGGAAAAGAUACGUGAUGGCCAAAUUAGGAACCGUGGUUGGUCAGUUUACAAUACCCUGCAGCGUAUAGCCCAAGCUAAUGACCAAUUUGACAUCUCACCUAAGGCAGAAAAUAUGUUUAUAGCUAUGGCUGAGGAGAUCGCUGAAACCCUCAUGGUUAAAAAUUGUUUUGUGUGUGGAGGAACGAAAAUGGGCGAACAAUGGCCAUGGGAAGCCUUGGAGGCAAGUCCGGAAAUAUAUAAUAAUAUGUCUUCAGGUGGAAAUAUCACCAAGCGAGUAAAGAAAAAUAAUUUGAUUUGGACGCUUACCACAAAUUUAAUCAGCCAUAACUGUUUUACCUGAAACGGAACGAUACAAGUUGGCCAUCUCAUCUGUUUAGGAACCUGGGAUAUACAAUACUCUCAGUGGGUAUCUCCAGGUAACCUUACCAUUCCUCCUAAAUUUAAUUUAACCCUCCUGCCAUAUAUAACGGAGGCAAACAACCUCCCAUGGCAUGUCCCCGAGGGAAUGUAUUGGAUAUGUGGCACCUUUGCCUAUGAAGAAUUACCAUUCAAUUGGUCAGGAAGCUGUGUGCUAGGAUGGAUAAAACCCUCAUUCUUCCUGUUACCCAUCCGGUCUCGCCAGGUGUUAGGGGUUCCUGUGUACCAACCAGUGGGAACCCAACGACGCCGAUGAGAGGUGGAUACGACCUUCUCCGGUUUUCCCUGCAAGGAAGCUGACUGGUAUGAAAAGCAGGGGGCUGUUUGGAGUUCUGAACGCAUUGUAUGUGUUUACGGUCUUGCUACAUGGGCUGAGGACGGGGCAUAUGGAUAUAGAACCCCCAUCUAUAUGUUAAACCGCAUCAUCCGAUUACAAGCAGUAUUGGACUUGGCCGGACAAAGAAUUGAUAAGGCUUUAAAUAUCCUUGCAGAAACCACAGACAAGAUACGCACUGCAGUUUAUCAAAAUAGAUUGGCCUUGGAUUAUCUUUUAGCACAAGAAGGCGGAGUCUGUGGGAAGUUCAAUUUGUCAAACUGUUGUCUUCAAAUAGAUGAAACAGGACAUGUAAUCAAACAAUUGACAACAGAAAUGCGACAAUUGACCCAUAACCCAGACCAAGAAUGGAAAGGAUUCAACAUUAAUAAUUGGUUCAGUAGCUGGUUUCCUAAAUUACCCAGGCUACAAGCCAUAGUUGCCCUGAUUGGGUUAAUAGCAGCAGGAUGUAUUAUUUUACCAUGUGUAAUACCAAUACUCAUGAGAACUGUAAACAACAGUUUAUCCCUACUCGCGGAGAAAAAGGCCAUACAGGCCUAUGGGAAAAUAAUGUAUCAGCGAAUACAUCAAGAAGAAGAAGCCAUAUGAAAGUAGACUUUCAAAGGCUUCUGAGGGGGGAAUUGUGGAAAAUGAUUUUAAAUCCACAGAAAACUACUUUUUAAAAGGCUCACAUCACUCUGGGAAAUACCCUGAAGGUUCAUCCUUAGAGGGAGCAUUGAAAUACUACAGGAGGAUGUGUGUUAAAGUUCACUUAGUAGAGUUUGAUGUUUAACUUACUUGGGUAGUGUAUCUAGGUAAAGAUGGCACAUGUACCCUCAGCAACGCCCUAACCUAAAGAAGAAAAACAACACCAUAUAAGGGGAAAUGGAAACUAGAAGGGUCCACCACCAGGAGUAAACGAAACUGCACGUAUACGAUUUCCUGUAAAUGGGCUGAUUUCAGGGAAA